AUCUUUAAACGAAAUGACCCACACUCUUCAGAAUAAUGGCUGUUUUGGGUGUAACACUGACAUUAUGUGCGGCUCAGUUUAGCUACAAAGAUCCGUAGCGUUGCUAACGUUAGCAGCUAGUAACCGUUAGCAGUUAGUAACCAUUAGCAACUAGCAACCGUUAUAUGACCAAGUUAGUGGACACUGAUGUUGUGAGUCAUUAGCUUAAGAUCCAACUCAAAGAUGUAAACUACAACGUCGUCUUUGGGGGGGCUUUUGCUAGCUAUUAGCCCUACCGUUAGCUUCAUGGGCUGCUGUUAGCCCAGCCAAAGCUAACAUUUAGGUAGCAAGACUUAAGAUAUGACCCUAAAACUUAAGUUCAGGUUGAUUUAGCUGUAUCCAUGAUGAAUUUUGACGGUCUCGACCCCGGAAUGGGUGAAUAUUCACCCAGCCUUCACGGCACACUGGACGCGGGACUGGAGCCCUCCAUGGACCCGCACCUGAACCCAAACCUGCUGCAGGGUGUGGAGCUGGACCCAGAGGGGCUGGCUGUGACGGUCCCCGAGUCUGUGCACCUGAUGGAGGGGAUGUUUUCUGAGCUGCACAGUGUAGUUUCAGAAGUUGGCAUCCCAGUCACUGCAACACAUUUUGAUCUCCAGGAGGAAAUGCUCUGGAUGGGAAACCACAGAGGUCAUGUAACGUCAUUCUUUGGACCUACAAUGGGCCGCCAUUCUUCUUUUCAAGUGCAUGCAACGGAUGACAUUCGGCACAUUCAGAGUUUGGAAACAGGCGUGUUGUUCCUCUCUAAAUGCAACCUCAAGUGCUACACACGUGGAGGUCUUGUCAUGUUCGAUUAUCCGAUGGAGGAGGGAGCUGAUAUGCACAGUCUCCUUAUGACUGAUAACAACACGUUGCUGAUGGGUGGAUUACAAAACUAUGUGGCUGAAGUUGACUUGAACACUGUUCAAGAAACUCAAAAGUUCACCGUUGAGGUACCUGGGGUGGCAAUAAUGCGUCAAACCAGUCGUUUCUUCUUCUGUGGACAUACUUCUGGCAAGGUAACCCUUCGGGACUUGCGCUCCUUCACGAUGGAGCAUGAGUUUGAUGCAUUCUCUGGCAGCUUGUCAGACUUUGAUGUUCAUGGAAACCUUCUGGCUGCGUGCGGCUUCUCCAGUCGAGGACUGAAUGGGAUGGCAUGCGACCGUUUCCUCAUGGUGUAUGAUCUCCGCAUGAUGCGAGCCGUUACUCCACUUCAGGUGCAUGUGGAUCCCCUCUUCCUGCGCUUCAUUCCCACUUACACAUCACGCCUGGCGAUCAUCUCACAGACAGGUCAGUGUCAGUUUUGUGAGCCCACUGGCCUUGCCAACAUGGCGGACAUCUUUCACGUCAACACAGUGGGCCAGUUGCUGAUGAGCUUUGACGUGUCGUCUAGCAAGCAAGCCUUGGCCUUUGGGGAUUCUGGGGGAUGUGUGCACCUCUGGUCUGAUGCUCCAGAGGUUUCGUUCAAUGACUACUCUCGGGAGACAGACUUUGCCCUGCCCUGCCUCGUGGACUCGCUACCUCAGCUGGACUGGAAUCACGACCUGCUGCCCCUCUCCCUCAUCCCCAUGCCACUGACGAGCACUGAGCCUCUGCUGUCAGACUGGCCCACUGCCCUGGCUACACCCAGCCCCAGACGAGCUCCUCCCGUGGACCCAGAAAUCCUGCGCACUAUGAAAACUGUUGGAUUCAUUGGUUACGCAGCAAAUCCUCGUACCCGUCCUCGAAACCAGGUUCCUUAUAAAAUUAAAGAUGUGGAGCUGGAUUAUGAUAGUUACAACCAGGUCCCCGAAUCACCAAUCGGGCGUGACGAAGAGCCACACCUCUACAUGGUCCCCAAAAAGUACAGAAAGGUGACAAUUAAAUACUCUAAACUUGGAUUAGAGGACUUUGACUUCAAACAUUACAACAGAACCUUGUUCGCUGGCCUGGAGCCGCACAUUCCCAAUGCCUACUGUAACUGCAUGAUCCAGGUGUUAUAUUUCCUGGAGCCAAUCCGGUGUCUAGUGCAGAAUCAUUUGUGCCAGAAGGAGUUUUGUUUGGCCUGUGAGCUCGGCUUCCUCUUCCAUAUGUUGGAUUUGUCACGAGGAGAUCCAUGUCAGGCCAGCAACUUCCUCCGGGCGUUUCGCACCAUCCCCGAGGCUUCAGCGCUGGGCCUGAUCCUCGCCGACUCGGAUGAACAAACGGGGAAGGCCAGACUUGGUCGCUUAAUCCAAAGCUGGAACCGCUUCAUCCUCACCCAGCUCCACCAGGAGACACAGGAGCAGGAAGGUCCACAGGCCUACAGGGGAGCCAGCAGCAGUUCUCUGGGCUCCUCUGGUGAGUCUGUCAUCGGGAAGCUGUUUGGUUGUGAAGUAGAAAACAGCAGUCUGUGUCGCUGUGGCAAGGAAACGGUGCGCUCCUCGCUCACGUUGCUCUUCACCAUGCAUUACCCUGAACAGAGCUCUCAAGAGAAGACAAUUAAGGAGUAUGACUUUGCUGAGAUCCUGAAGAAAAGCAUCUGUCUGGAGCAGAGCACUCAGGCAUGGUGUGAAAACUGUGAGAAGUAUCAGCCCACAGUGCAGACACGCAACAUCAGAUGUCUACCAGACGUUCUGGUCAUAAACUGUGAGGUGAACAGCGCUAAAGAGGCUGAGUUCUGGAAGGUUCAGGCAGAGUACGCUUUCAGUAAGGUCAUGCAGAAAGAAGCGAUGGAGCCUGCGAAGCCUAAAGAACCCCCACCCAUGCCCAGCGAGUGGUGUCUGGAUGGGGAGGACAUCUGCAAUAUGGAUGGCUUCACUUUUGACACCCAGGCAGAGGAUCUGCGACAUGUCUGGAUCCCUCUCACCCUCAAGAUGUCCAUCAGCAAAAAUCAGGGCCUGGAGAUCAGCAGCUGGCCUGAGGGAGAGGAGCUAAGUGCUGCUGAAGAGGCAGAGGGUGCUUCUCUCUACGACUUGGUGGUCACGGUGCCCCACGUUCUGGACGCUCGCACAGGUGGAAACUUGAUUGCGCACAUUAAAGUGGGUGAGACCUACCAUCAAAGAAAAGAGGGAGUCACACACCAGCAGUGGUACCUCUUCAAUGAUUUCUUAAUUGAACCGAUUGACAAGACUGAAGCUGCACAGUUUGAUAUAAGCUGGAAAGUGCCAGCCAUCCUGUACUACGCCAAGAGGAACUACCAUACCAAAUACGACCUCCGCAUUAAGAAUCCCAUCGAUGCUAGCGUGCUGCUGACGGAGGCCUCGUUGGCUCGGAAACAGAGGAAGAGUCACGCCACGUUCAUCCCCCUCAUGGUCAGUGAGAUGCCUCAGGCUGGUGACCUGGUGGGACUGGACGCCGAGUUUGUCACGCUCAAUCAGGAAGAGGCAGAGCUGCGCAGUGACGGCACCAAGUCGACCAUCAAGCCCAGUCAGAUGUCAGUGGCCAGGAUCACCUGUGUGAGGGGUCAGGGGCCCAACGAAGGAGUUCCCUUCAUCGAUGACUACAUCUCCACCCAGGAGCAGGUGGUCGACUAUUUGACGCAGUAUUCUGGAAUCAAACCAGGAGACCUCGAUGCUAAAAUUUCCUCAAAACAUUUAACAACUCUGAAGUCCACGUACCUGAAGCUGCGUUUCCUCAUCGAUACGGGGGUUCGCUUCGUUGGUCACGGCUUACAGAAGGACUUUCGUGUUAUCAAUUUAUUGGUUCUGAAAGAUCAAGUCAUUGACACUGUCUACCUGUUCCAUUUGCCCCGCAAGAGGAUGAUUUCACUGAGGUUUCUAGCUUGGUACUUUCUAGACCUGAACAUCCAGGGGGAAACCCACGACAGCAUAGAGGACGCACGCACAGCCCUGCAGCUGUACAGAAAAUACCUGGAGCUGAGUCACGGUGGCGGCAGCGACGAAGUGAGGAAGAUCCUGAAGGGACUCUAUGAAAAAGGCCGCCAGCUGGACUGGAAGGUCCCGGAUUCGGACACAGGAGAUGGUCAAGGUAGCCCCAAAAGUGCUGCUGUGUUUCCCUCUGUGAUGGGGCUGUGAGCUGCACCUCGACCAACGCUCCCACUGAGCCACUUCUAUCCUUCACUGUCACAUUUUUUUACUACAGUGUUAAUGGAGGUCUGUACAGUCCACUUUUAAACAUGCCAAAAUGUUUACUUCUCAUUAUGGAAAGGUUUUUGGGAAAAGGAAAUGAAUUUGUAUUUCAUGAUGAUUUUAUGGUGUCUUUUUUUUUUUUUCACAUAAAUAAAUAAACUUAUCUUUGAGCACUGUAAGAUACUUGAUGUUUGAAACCAGAAUCUGGGAAAUCUUCUUUAAAAUACCCUCCAUGUUUAUUCAGGGAAGUCAACUCAAAUUUAGCAGUGAAUUUAGCUUCACCUGUUCCCCAGCCUCUGUGAAAUUUGAAGUCAUGUCCUUUUAUUAACAUCUCGUCAAGUAGCAUUUAAAAAUUUGCACCACAACCUUUUUUUUCAUGUUUCAGAAUGUAAAAUCCCUGUUUGAGUAGAUUUAUUUGUGGUUAAUCCUCUGUGUUAAAGGUAGACUUUCUGUCAAAUUCAGUAAAUUUUUCUGCAGUUAUCCAGCUGUCUAUUCUGAUGUGCGCUGAAAACGAAUCUGGUGUUCAUACACAGCUCUGGCUCUGUAAAUAGGAGACAAAGUGGCUCAGCUGUUCGAUGCGACACUUCUUCAGUGAGUCUUGAUGCGAGCAGAACAGAGGUAAAGAAAUUACUGAGAGAGAAAAGAGGCAGUGGAAUGAGAGCAACAACAGAUCUGUUGUAUGCUGUUUAAAUGACUAUAAUAGACCCCACCUUUACCGAAGUAUACUGACAGUCAAUAGAAACUUUGAGGUAGAAAUGUACGCAGAAUUCUACUUGUAGGGGGGUUGUAAUUAUUCAUUGUGGAUUUACUGAUGAUCUAGUGCCCUGGUAGUUGAGAUAAUGAUGAGUUGUCAUUUUGUCAUGAUUCAUUGCACAUGGGUUGGUCACUUUGCAAAAGUGAACCAAAUACACACCAAGCAAUACUCAGUGAGUAUCUGCACAAUUUGAGAAUGGGUUUUGAAGGCCUAUAUAAAUAAAAUAUAUAAAAUACAUAAAGGCCCAAAAAAGGCCACCAUUGUUAGUCCAGUGAACAGCAUCAUGCCGCGUCUAUCACAUGAACAACGUCUCCGGGCUCUGGGUAUGGUGGAGGCCGGUUUGAGCUCCAGUGAUGUAGCCAGGCGUAUGGGCUGUUCCCAACCCACAAUCAGAAGCCUGGUCCAAAGCAUGCGCCGACGGAUUGCUGCCUACAUCGAAGCAAAUGGAGGUCAUACUCGGUAUUGACUGUUGUGACUUUGUGUUUGGCAGGUGCCGUUUUCUUUGGUGAAAUUCUUUAUUUUGAAAUCAUUCUUGAAACUUUAGAUUUUUGUUUCUGUGUGCCAAUAUGCUAAACAAAUGAUUCAUAUGAAGAAAAUCCAGUUUUGGGCUUCAAAAUAAAAAUUAUGUUGAAAAAUA